AUAAAAUUUCCACAGAGAAAGGGGGUGAGAGAAAGGUCGCCUUUGGUUUCUUUCUUGUUUGAGUUCCAGGAGCAAUUGGAAGAAUGGAAGAUUGCAGGCCAUUGGGGUUCUUGCUGGGAUUGCCUUUUGCUCUUAUUUCACUGGUUAUCUCCCUAGUGGGUGCUGUUAUCUGGGUCGUUGGGUCUGCGGUGAGUUGCGUGUGCCCAUGUUGCUGCUGUUGUGCGGGACUUGCAAAUGUGGCGGUGGAUCUUGUGAAGCUUCCUUUCAAAAUACUUAAAUGGUUCACUGAGAAGUUCCCUUGUUGAUUUCUGAUUCUGGGUUCAUCAAGCCAUUGUGCCUGUGAUUCCUAUUCAUUGUUUGUUUUGUAGUUCAGAUCAUUGAUAUAAACCCAUCAAUCCAGUUUUAAGAUGGUGGGAGGAUCUGUAUUAGUCAACGGAUAUGUAUUACUCGGUUUAUUCAAUAAUAGAUCAUGUCUAUAUACGG